AUGGGUGUACAAGCAGAAUCUACUCAGAAUGAGCCUUCUCAAAAAAUCACCACCAAAAUGCUCCUUCUGACCAUCUGUGUCUCGGGCGCCGCCUGGAUUGCCGAGUUCGACAACGGUUACGCCGGCAUCGUUCUAGUCAUGCCCGCAUAUAAAAAAGCAUUCGGCCACUGCCAGCAAGUUCCCGACCCAGUGACCGGAGCCAGUAUCGAGCAAUGCAGUCUCACCACGCUACAACAAUCUCUCAUUAGUGUGAGUAUAUUAUUUAUGGCAGUUGGAUGUGCCUUUGCAGGAAUCUUCGGCUCGAUGCUCGGCCGCAGAGCGACUAUCCAAAUUGCUUGCCUUUUCUGUAUCAUUGGUGCCGCCGGGAUGCUGGGUACAUCGGGCAGUUUUCUGAACUACAUGGUCUGCAAAUGCAUCAACGGCAUCGGAAUCGGUCAGCUUCUGGCUUCCAGUAUUGUUUAUGGCUCCGAGUGCGUUGUCGCAAGCAAGCGGGGCCUUUUGCUCGGCAUUUAUAAUAUUGGACUCGCGAUGGGCAAUGUGACUGCGGCGGCUGUAUGCGCUGGAUCAGCAACUCUAUCGCCGACAAACGACUGGCAGUGGAAAAUGCCUAUAAUCUGCCAGAUCCCUCUGGGUAUCAUCCUUGGUCUCGGCGUGAUGCUGUUUCCUGAAUCACCGCGGUGGUUAUUGUUGAAAGGAAAAGAUGAGCAGGCGCGGAGGUCUUUCGCUACAUAUCAGCACUUGGAUCCGGACUCAGCCGCCAUCGCAACUCAACUCAACGAAGUCCAAAAGCACCUCGAUCUUGAAAGGACACUCGACGCUACUACAUCCUGGUUGGAGAUCUACCGUGGUGUCAAUCUCCGACGGACCGCCGUUUCCGCUCUCAUUCUCGUUGGACUCGCCAUCAGCGGCGUACAAUUCGUGGGGCCAUUUGCAGCACUGUUCCUCAGUGGACUGGGGAUUGAUAAUCCAUACCUGAUCAAUGUGAUUGUUGGGCUGUGCAUUUUCGCCGGUGCCUUCAUCGGCCCUGUGGUCCUAGAUUACGGCGGACGACGAUUCGCCAUGUUAUACGGGUACGCAGCUAUGGCAGCCUGCAUGCUCAUAUUGUCCGCCGUUAGCACGGCUCUCGGCCAAUUUGCUCCCACAUCCCAAAAUGUUGUGGUUGUCUUCCUUUGCAUCUGGGCAUUCGUUUUUGGCGGAUUCAUUGGUCCCAGUGUAUGGCUUGCUUCGGCUGAGAUGCACAGUGUCCGGAUGCGCACGUACGGGCAAGCGAAUACGACAUUCCUAUAUGAGAUUUUCAGUUUCGGAGCCACAUUUUGGACACCUUAUAUGUUGAAUGUCAACUAUGGUAACAUGGGAUCUGAUGUUGGAUACUUCUACUUUGGGGUUACGUUAGCGGUUUUGAUUUUAGUGUUUCUGUUCGUGCCGGAAACUUCCAGAUUAACGCUUGAGCAGAUUGAUGACUGCUUUCUAUCUGGGAAAAAGGCCUGGAAGACUUCAACCAAAAGAAAUAUUGCUAUUUCUCGUGGCGACUUGAUCGAAACUGUACAGUCUGAACAUGAGGCGCUUAUGGUUCAUCGGGCUCAAACUGCAUCUACAAGCCAGCAGGUGAAUCAGUCAGUCCAGACUGCCAGCUUGUCUGAUUAUUAG